GUUGUCUUGCUUCGUGCAAGCUUUUUAGAAUUUUACUACAUUGGGCUGCUUUUUUUUGACUUUUUGAAAACCUCCAUAAUGCGAAUCUAAUCAACACCGUGCCUUCCAUAUCUUGUUCCUCCGACGCCGACUGCACGUAUCGCAUCAUCUAUCGGGGUUUCCCCGUCAAUCCUUCAAAGUGUUGUACAUACUAGGGCGCCGUCCGCUGUUGCGGACCGGUGUAUACGAACUAUGCCUUCCGACAGGGAAUAAACUGGGCCGAUGGACUGUUACUCGAUCCCGAUCAACAUGGAUGCAGGAUGCAGAAGAAAUAUCAAAAGAAGCUGGGGGAAGUCGGCUAUCAGGGCGAAUUCAUAUACUUGGGCUUGGGAAUGUAGGCACAUUCAUUGCCCACUCAUUGGCCGCGCGACCAUCUCCUCCGCCUAUGACCCUCUUGCUACAUAAUCCGAACCUUUACCGGCAUUGGUUAGCGAAGAAGAAGUGUCUCGCAAUCAAUACAAACGGGUUAGACGACAUCAAAACGGGGUUUGAUAUCGAUGUUUUGAACAGUGAAACAUGGCAUUCGUUGCCGUACUUUGAUGAAAAUGGCACCCCAAAAAAGGAUAAGAACAACCUCAGCGAAAAGGCCCUAAAGGCUGAGGCCGAACAGUCGCUCGCCCAAUCAAAGGAAGAUGACGAGCAUAUCGAGUGUUUGAUUGUUACCGUCAAGGCGAACAUGACUGUCAAAGCAUUGGGUUCUGUCAGUCACCGACUGACGCGCGACUCUACGGUCCUCCUUCUUCAAAACGGCAUGGGGACGAUUGAAGAACUCAAUAAAAAGGUCUUCCCAGAUCCACUCAAGCGUCCUAAUUAUAUGUCUGGUGUUCUCUCACAUGGGUUAUUGCGCAAAGAUUCGUUCCAAGUGGCUCACACGGGAGUUGGCACGACGAUUCUAAGUCCUGUUCCAUCUCGUGAUUCUCUCUCUCCAGUAGUAGCGGAUGAAAAGACUGACUGGGCUCCUACAACAAAAUAUUUGCUGCGCACAUUGACAUUGACACCGCCGCUUGUUGCUAUCGCAGAAACCCCUUCCUCUCUUCUGCAAUAUCAACUCGAGAAGUUGGCCAUGAAUGCCGUGAUCAACCCGUUAACAGCCAUCUUGGAGUGUGGAAACGGCGAGCUUCUUUACAAUUAUAGCUUCACCCGUCUGAUGCGGCUUCUUCUCCUUGAAAUCUCCAGUGUAAUUUGCGCAUUGCCUGAAUUGCAGGGUAUUCCUGGAGUUGAAUUCCGUUUCUCUCCUGAAAGGCUGCGACGAAUGGUUGUUCAGCUCGCAAACAAGACUGCAAAGAAUAGCAGCUCGAUGCUGCAGGACGUUCAGGGCCGGAAAGUAACGGAAAUCGAGUAUAUAAAUGGCUACAUCAUACAGAGGGGCGAGGAACUUGGCAUCAAAUGCGCAGUCAAUUACAUGAUCAAGCAAAUGGUGCUUGCCAAACAAGAUAUGUUGAAGCAGAGAGAAUCCGGGGCAAUUCCGGUGGAUCUGAGUUCUGAGGUUGAUGGUUGAUGUGUUUAUCUCCUGACAAGACAGUGGGUUUCCUUAUCUGAGAGGUAACCAGCUUCAAUCUACAAGUCCUUCCCUGUAUUUUAGCAGGAAUCAGCUUUCAAGGCUUCGUCGCAGAGAUGCUUGAUCUGCUUCCAUCGUUUCAGGAGCAUAUCAAUCUUUCCGCUAUGUAUCUGGUUCUCUCCGCUGGAUUUCAUAGCCUCCAAAGUGGCGAUUUUCCUAUCCGCCUCUUUGGCAUAAAUCUUUAUCCAUUCUUGGAUAGUGGCCUGGGUCUUAUUGUCGUCAACACCCUUCAUGGAAUGGCCGAGAACAUAAUUCCGCCAGUCUCUGCGUGUCAUAUACUUAAUGCAGGCAGCGAUUUCAGUGCGGAAACAGGCGCCAGUGGCAGUUAAUUGAUAAUUAC